UCACUCCUCCUCGUUCUCUGCACCACUUAAAAGGGACGAAGAUGAAGGUGUCAAAGGUUGAUUUCAACAGGCUGUCCGAUCCGGGCAACAAGUACCAGCUAGAGGAAUGCCUGAGUCGUGGCGUAUUCGGUCGCAUUUACAAAGGAAGGGACAAACAGACAAGCAAAUGUGUGGCCGUUAAGAUACAAAAGUUGGUGGCCGAUACGAAAGUCUAUGUCGAAAAGGAGUAUACGAUUCUUAAAGACUUUACAGAUCACAUGAAUCUCGUCGACUUUUACGGUUGUUACAGGAAAAACGACGAAGUUUGGCUCGUGCUGGAGUUAUGCGAUGGAGGGCCUAUAAUCGACGUAGUGAACGAAUUGAUAGGAAGAAACCGUCGACUUUCUGAAGAGCAUAUCGCUCACGUGCUAAAAGAAACGGUCAAGGCGCUAAUCUACCUGCACCAGAACAAAAUAAUCCACCGGGACGUGAAGGCCAAAAACAUACUGCUCACAAAAGACGGAGAAGUAAAACUGACCGACUUCGGACUUUGUCACACCCUCAAGAGUACCCUGGACAAAACCGGAACCAGUUUGGGGUCACCAUGCUGGAUGGCACCUGAAGUUGUCACGGCCACUGAGGAAAAUCAAUAUGGAAGUCGUGUUGAUGUUUGGGCUUUAGGAAUCACUGCUAUAGAAUUGGGAGAUGGCAAAGCGCCGAUGCAAGACGUGCAUCCCACCAGAGUUCUAUUUCAGGUUGUACGAAAUCCUCCUCCGACCCUUUACAGACCAUCGAAUUGGACCCAGAACUAUAAUGACUUUAUCAAUGAGUGUUUAAUAAAAAAUCAAGAAUAUAGACCGUACAUGGAAGAACUUAUAGAACAUCCAUUCUUGGAUCAAAUUCCUUCCAAUAAUUUCCAUCUUUCGUUGGAGCUUAAAAGUAUAAUAACGGAACUGGCAACAACACCAAGAAUUUGUAAAGAAAACCAGGAAGACUACCACGUAUUCCAAAACAAACUUGUCACCAAUAUCAAUGAAAUGGAAGAUCUAUUAGUUGAGGAUCUUGCAGCUUUGGAGAGAAUAACAGAAAACACAAUCUUGGAAGUUUUAGAAGCGAGGGCUAAAAAGCAACAGUUCCACACAUUUAUCGGUGAUGUUCUUUUGGUCUUGAAUGGAAACGAGCCGGAAAUCUACGGAGAAAAAUACCACAGGAAGUACUCGAUCAAAAGCAGAUCAGAAAACGCUCCUCAUAUCUACGCAAUCGCAGACACAGCUUACCAAAACGCCCAGCACCAUACCAUACAACAAAACAUCGUCUUGACGGGAGAAAGUGCAUCGGGCAAAACUAAAAAUUAUCUUCAUCUUGUCGACCAUCUGAUUUUCUUGGGCGAAAAUGAUAAUGUUAACACCACAAGAAUAACGGAAGCGAUAAAAUUGAUUCACGCCUUGACGCACGCCACGACUGCUUACAAUAAUUACUCAACGAGAUGCGUAAUGAAGACGGAAUUUGCUUUCGGAGCGUCCGGCAAAAUAACCGGCGCCAGUUUUGCCAUCGAAGCUUUGGAGAAAUGGAGGGUUUCAUCCGUGGAUGAGACUCAGGGCAACUUUCACAUGCUUUAUUACAUUUUUCACGGGUUGAAAAGGGAGGGAAAGUUGAACAUGUACAACUUGGACUCGAAUACGAUUUAUAGGUAUCUGAGGCAAGAUACGGAUGUGGAUGUGAAGAAGUUUAAAAAGAUUUUGACUUAUUUAGAUAAUUUUGAUUUUUCCUCAGAAGAAAUAGAAACUAUUUUGGCCAUUGUUUGCGCCGUUAUCAUUUUAGGAAACGUCAGAUUCGAACAAACCGAAGAUAAUGUUGCAGCUUUAGAGGAGCAAGAUUGCGUCAAAAAAGUUUCAGAUCUAUUGAAAAUUGACGAAAAAAAAUUUGCUUGGAGUCUAACAAAUUACUGUUUGCAACGGAACAAGUCGGUGGUGAGAAGAAGAAAUACAUCAGAUGAAGGGAGAGAUUCAAGAGAUGUUUUGGCUAAUACUUUGUAUCAACGAUUGGUCGAUUAUAUUGUGGGAGUCAUUAAUCAAAAAUUGGAAAUGGGAAAAGCGAUUUUCGGAGAAAAGUACACCAUUAAACUAUUGGAUUGUUUCGGAUUUGAGUGUUUCAAACAAAAUGGUCUUGAGGAACUGUUCAUUAACUGUCUUAACGAACAGUUUCAGUAUCAUUAUCUGCAAAGGUUAUUUGCAUGGGAAGCUAUGGAUGUUUUGGAUGAAGACAUAGAUUAUCAGUGUGUGAAUUUUUACAAUAAUAAAACUACGUUAGACGAACUACUCAAAAAGCCUACUGGAAUCUUUACUUCUAUUGACCAAGUUUCGAAAAUUGGAGGUGGGGGAAAAUACAUAAUCGAUUUUAUAGACAAACAAAAUUAUGCCACGAUACAAAUCAGAAAUAACUAUGAGUUUUCAAUUUGCCAUUACACUGGAAGAGUUACGUAUAAUAGUAAAGAAAUUCCGGCGAAAAAUAGGGAGUUUCUACCACCAGAAAUAACCGAGACUAUGAGGUUGUCUAAAAAUCCAAUUGUCAGAAGACUAUUCAGCAAUAAAUUAACUAAAACUGGAAACUUGUUGAUUGUUACAGAUAGCGAAAAACAAAAGGACAAGAAAGAGAAUGACUAUUCUCAGAUUAGAAGGAUGAGAACAGCUUCAACAAUCUUCAGAUCCAUCAGUUUAAAUCUGAUCCGGGACCUUUCCAGCAAUGCUGGUACUCAUUUUGUAAGGUGCGUUAGAACUAACAUUGGUGGAAAGUCAAGUUUUCAUCAUGAAAUAGUCAGACAACAAAUCAGAGCAAUGGCUGUUGUUGAAACCGCCAAAGCCAAACAGUGUGGUUACACCUGCAGAAUGUCUUUUUCAGAAUUUCUACGAAGAUAUAAGUUUUUAGCCUUCGACUUCGACGAAACCGUUGAAAUAACGAGAGAAAAUUGUAGAUUAUUGUUGAUAAGGUUAAACAUGGAAGGUUUUGCCAUCGGUAAAACCAAAGUAUUUCUUAAGUACUACAACGAAGAGUACUUGUCCAGAUUGUAUGAAAACCAAGUGAGGAAGAUUGUAAAAAUCCAAAGCAUCCUGAGAGGUUUCUUAGUAAAAUGUCGAUUGUCGAAACAGCAAAAAACUCAAGAAACAAAAACUGUCUACAGCGCAGCCAGAAGAAUGAGUCAAAUGACUGAAGAAGAGGCUGCUGCCAUAAUUCAACAUGCCUACAGAAAAGUGCGUGGACAAACCGAACAGUCACAAGAAUACGACUCUUUGAACAAUGAGACGAUCAAUUUCAUAAAACCUUACGCCUUGAAAUGGAAAAAUAAUAGUUUGUUUCACGUUUUGAUGCAAUACAGAGCCGCCCGAAUUCACGACCUGUUCAAUUUUGCUCAGCAGGUCCAUUUGUUCAAUUUGCAGGCUUGCAAUUUUUGCUACAAAAUUGACAAGAGGGUGGACGUUGAGGAGUUGGAUUUCAGUGCCAAUGUUUCUGAUUGGAUCGGGAAGUUUAAGCCGAAAGUGCUUAAGUUGAACUUCCGACUUAACGAUUUAGCUUUCUACGAUACGUCUGUUAUGAUUGACGAGCUUACAAAUUCAGGUGUCUCCGGUGAAAAAGAGGAGUCUUGGGAUACCCCAUAUAGAAACAUCGAGUUGAUGAGAAACAAAUCCGAGGAAAAACAAAGAGCAAUACUCACCAAACAAUCCAGUGUCAAUUCGGAAAACCUCAUCAACAUGACCUACAGCAGAGAUCCUGAAGACGUAAUCGAAUCUCUUCCAGAAUACGUGGAAGAACCGGAAGAAGUUUACACAGGAAAUACAAAAAAGGAGGAGUCAAGUCUGAAACAAAAGCAGGAAAAUGUGGAGGCGUUGAACAAAGUCAAUUUGAGAAAAAUUGGCGACCUAAGCCGUUCUGAACCAGCAAACAAGGAUUUCGAUUACAUAAAAGCAACACCUAAACCAGCUAUGAGGGCUGACCCCAUAAGUGAACUGAAAGGUUUUGGUAGAAGAAGUAGUACUAGUUCUGAUGAUCCUCCUUUUAAUUUUCAAGGGAUGCUCCGCAAGACAAAUUAUAAAAGGGAUUCGAUAAAGGAAAAGGUUGUAGAAAGUGUCAGGAGGUUUUCCUUAAAAAAAUCCGACCCUGUUUUUGUCAAUAACAACGGAGUUAAAGACGACAUGGAGUUUAAACAUGUUUCUGAAGAGUUGGCACCUGGCCUGUUCAUCGAAGGCUUCGAGAUAGCUUUGUAAUUCCGAUUUAGUUUACCUAAUAAACGUAUUAGUUUGA